AUGCGCGACGCAGAACAUCGCGACGAUGGCUCGGAAACCCAAUUACCAGAUACCUUGCUUCCCGACGCCGUUUUGCCACCAGCUACCCAGGCGGUAGGCGACGGCGAGGUUAAUUUGCCGUCGCCGCACACAUCCCAACCCUCGGGCGGGACGCGAAAAGAAACAUCCCAGCAGACACCAACGCAAGUCAAUGACGGCCGCGACUAUGACAAGGGAUACGAUGUCCCAUCAAGUGAACCCAUGGUCAACAUCGGUGACACACAAGCAUCGAAUUUUCAAGGUCAAAUGCUAGAAGAAGAUGACACUGGAGCCGUCAACUUUGGCAAUUUGAACGAUUUUCCCCGCGAAUCCUCACAAGUAUCCGAAGACGGCGGCUUCGAAAAUGCUCGGGGUGGCUGGAGACUGCCAGAUGACACCCAGCAAAAUUCAAUAAACACCCAGACUCCAUACAAAUCGAAAAACUUGCCUCCACCCGAAACACCGGCUCUGUCAAAGAACCCUUUCGCGCCCCAAGACGGUUCUGGGGCAUUCGGAGCUGCCCCCGCGCCAUUUGGAGGUACACAACUGUUUGGGCAGACUCAACUGUUGACGUCUGCUGUUAAGAACAGCCCGACCUCUUCCCGACCGUCGCCGAAUGUGUACGACUCCAUUCCUCUCGAGUUUGCCGAGACAUCGCCUCUUAAGAAUCGCGCCAAUGUCUCCUCGCCGACGCAAUAUAGAUCCUCGAGUCCGCAACAUCUCCAGGAGAUACCAGCCACUGUCUUGAAAGGGCCACGUAUGAGCAUUAUUACCGAGGAGACGCCAACAUCGAGCAGAGCUCACAAAGAGGAAAUAAUUCCAGAGUCUCCCACACGGCCUCGAUCGAGAGAACGACAGCCGUUUGCGCACUACGAACCAAUGCAACAGUCACAGGCACGCAAGACUAGCAGUGAUUCUGUUGACGUUGCUGUGUCCUUUGAUGGCGACCCUCAUGACACCGUCGAGCAAUUGGAACGAAGACGUCGAAUCGAGAGAAAGCGCGCGAGAGCCGGAGAGGAGCUCCAGAAGAUUGCACUUGCCCGACCAACUCGGACCAAUGAUCGUGCAGAAACAAAUGGAAAGCGACGUCGUCUGGAACAGAACAGCCAGCUUGUCGGCCAGAAGGACGAGCAAGCUCCCACGCAAACCCCCGCCCCUGCGGCAUUGCGAGGCUCAAACCCACAGUCGCUAGAAUCGACCAAGGCAACACCCCGGGAAGAUGACGAUGCCGCAGACGAUAUGGCCAACGAGAGGACAAGUAUCAGCGUUCCUAAUCAAAAUGUUACCGAUAUUGCCGACUAUGACAUGAUUCCAGCGACAAGCCCGGUACAGUUGACACCAGCAGAUGAGGCUCACCCUCACCGAGCCGGAACGCCCGCUUCCGAGCCUGAGCUGCCCCUUCUUCGUGAUGAGCAGCUUGUGCUCAGUAGCGGCGAGCCGUCAUCAUUGCCCCCGCUAAACAGCAGACGAAAGACCUAUGGACGGCACGCAAGAAGGUAUCGUAGGAAUAUCGUUCUGGACUCGUCCAACUCUCAUGCAUCGACACGGGCAGAGACCUCGAAGCGUGAUGCUGCGCAAGAUGAUGUGCCCAUCGAAGAGGCCAUUCCUUCAAGCGAGGGACAGACACCAAUUGCUACGCGAUCCAAAUCGAAAAAGCAGGUACCCAGAACGCCACUACAACUAAGUGGUGAAGAGCCUCCCACCACAGCAUCAUCCCUCAGUGUAAUGUCACAUACGCCGAAUCCGUCGUCAAAGACUACGCCUGCAACUAAGGAAUCGGUCGUAUCAAAAUGUCUUGAUGUAGAGACGGGGCAAGCGCUUACACCAAGCCGAAGCCUACGACGAAGAGUGAUGGAGAAGGAAUCUGUGAUGCCGCAGCCUACACUAUCGUCACGGAACCUCCGCGCCUCAAAGCGACUGCAUGGUGAGUUCCAGUCUUCUGGUCAACCACGCACGCCGUCAGACACUGGUGCAAAUACAACUUUUACACAAAGGAUUUGCCAGAAUCUCGACGCUGUGUACCGGGAGGAGCGCCACUUAUUCGAAGGCAUGGUAUUUGCCAUUUCUGUAGCUUCGGAUCGCGGCAAGCUAGAGAAUCGCAUAGUUCAAGCCGGUGGUAUCGCUUUGCAAGACGGCUUUCAGGAGCUGUUCCAGUCGUUGCCAUCCAUGACUUCAACAGACGGGGCAUUCGAUGACAACAAGGACCUUGUUCUGUCCCAACGAGGCAUGGAAAGUGGCUUCACCGCUCUCAUCGCGGAUGGGCACUCUAGAAAAGCCAAGUACAUGCAGGCAUUGGCUCUCGGGCUGCCAUGUCUUGCUCAACAAUGGAUCACCGCAUGUCUGAACAAAGGAGCGCUCAUUGACUGGCAACCAUAUCUGCUCUGUGCUGGUACAUCCGCAGUGUUGGGAAAUGCAUUUCGCUCCCGCUGUCUGCUGCCGUACCCAGCCGCCACAGCCCUGUUGGCCGACACCAUUGAUCAGCGGCCUCGUCUCCUGCACGACCAGAGCGUGCUCGUUGUCAUGGACGGCAAAAAGGCCAGGAGUGAAGCAAAGCAGCCCUACAUUUUUCUGUGCCAGGCGCUUGGCCCGUCUAUUACCCGCGUAGCCACUGUCGAGCAGGGCCGCGCCGCGUUGGCGGAGAGAGCCAAGGGCAGCCACCCCUUUACGUGGCUGUAUAUUGACAAGUCGACUGGCACGGCGGAAGCGGUGUUGGCGCCGCCUGCCGCGGCCAGGUCGAAGAAGAAGAAGAAGAGGACGUCCGCUGCGACGCAGGCGGGUACAGGUGUACGGAUAUUACAUGAUGAGUUGAUUGUUCAGAGUCUUAUUUUAGGUCGCAUUGUGGAGCCAGACGAGGAGGAUUCUUUUUGA